AGGCUCUCUUUCUCUCUCUCUCUCUUCGCUGGAACCUUCACAAUUUCGAGAGAAAGUGUGAGGAGUGAGAAAAAAGGAGAGCUAGAUCUUCCGUGAAGUUUUCUCGGGAAAAUUUCACGAUUUUCCCGGCUCAUUCGAUUCUCGUUUUUCUUCUUUUUGCUGAUUUUGUUUUGAUUUUUUUGCGUUCUCUCUGGUUGCUGUCUUUGUGUUUGUGGCGGCUCUUUCUCCGUGGUGUGCUACUGGUUGGGAUCGAGCUCUGGAGCUAGGGUUUCGGGAAGAGCAUCCUGGAUUUCUAUGAGCUUGCCCCGGGUCUCAUUUCUUUCCCUGAAGCUUGAGGUUAAAUAUUGAAAUGUCAGGACUAGAAGAAGGACUGGGGGCUCAAGAUGAAAUAAGAGAAAGAAGAUCAGAUUUGGAGAACUCAGAAGAUGAGAGACGGAGAUCAAAAAUUGCCCAUCUCAAGAAGAAGGCAAUAAAUGCUUCGAAUAAGUUUACUCAUUCUCUUAAGAAACGAGGAAAAAGGAAAAUAGACUACAGAGUUCCUUCUGUUUCCAUAGAGGAUGUACGAGAUGCAAAAGAGGAGAGUGCCGUUCAUGAAUUGCGUCAAAAACUCCUUGACAAGGAUUUGUUGCCACCUAGGCAUGAUGACUAUCAUACUUUGCUGAGAUUCUUGAAAGCUAGAGAAUUUAACAUUGAAAGAACGAGCCAGAUGUGGGAAGAAAUGCUUUAUUGGAGAAAGGAAUAUGGAACAGACACAAUUCUGGAGGACUUUGAAUUCAAAGAGCUGGAGGAUGUCUUACAAUACUACCCUCAAGGAUACCAUGGAGUUGAUAAGGAAGGAAGGCCAGUUUACAUUGAGAGACUUGGGAAAGCUCACCCCAGUAGGCUUAUGCGUAUCACCACAAUAGAUCGCUACUUAAAGUACCAUGUCCAAGAGUUUGAAAAGGCUCUACUUGAGAAAUUCCCUGCUUGUUCAAUUGCAGCAAAGAGACGGAUCUGUUCGACAACAACGAUAUUAGAUGUACAAGGCUUGGGUAUGAAAAAUUUUACUCGAACUGCUGCAAAUCUUGUGGCUGCCAUGGCUAAGAUAGACAAUAAUUACUACCCUGAGACACUACAUCGAAUGUUUGUUGUCAAUGCUGGUCCUGGUUUCAAGAAGAUGCUUUGGCCUGCUGCACAAAAGUUCCUUGAUCCAAAGACAAUAUCAAAGAUACAGGUGCUGGAGCCCAAAUUCUUAUGUAAACUUCUGGAAGUCAUUGACUCAAGUCAACUGCCUGACUUCUUGGGUGGCUCUUGCACAUGUGCUGCUGAUGGUGGGUGCCUGAGGUCUAAUAAAGGUCCAUGGAAUGAUCCUGAAAUAAUGAAGCUUGUGCAUAAUGCGGAAGCAACAUUUGUGAGGCAAAUCACCAGAAUAGUUAAUGACCAACAGAAACUCGAAUCUUAUAUUCAGAUACGCCCUCUGAAGGGGAGAGGUAGUGAUACAAUGACAGUAGAAUCAGGAUCAGAUGUUGAUGAUCCUUGUUCUCCAACAGGACAAAGGAGCUCUUCAUUUCCACGAUUGACCCCUGUUCAUGAAGAAGCCAGGGCAUCAGAUCCAAAUUUCUAUUACAGCUGUGAUGAUCAUUUUGGUCUGGUUGAUGAAGCUACUGGCUACGAUCAGGAAGUGGGACAUACUCAGGGCCAAUCGCUUAAUGAUAUGGGAAAUUCUUCUAGUGUGAAAAUAUCAAAUUCAGGAGGUAUUCCAGUCAACCGAAGGUCCAAUACUGUCAAGGAAAAGGUGGAGAACAGGAAUUUUUGGUUUUUGGCAAGAAUGCUGAUAUCUUUCCUGGUUAGGCUGGUUGCAUUUAUACAUAGUUUUCCCUUUGAAUUUUGGAGAAGGCAGAGCAGCAUUUAUCCAUCUAAUGUGAUGGAAGACAACCGAAACAGCUGUUCAGGAGCUGACGAAACUGUCUACAAAGAAGACCCUAUCCUUCCAUGUAUACAGCGCCUUCAGAGCAUAGAGAAAAAAUUUGAGGAACUUAGGAACAAGCCUGCUGAAAUUCCUUUUGAAAAGGAGCAAAUUCUUCUUGAAUCUUUGGAUAGAAUCAAGUCUGUUGAGUUUGACCUUGAGAAAACAAAGAGAGUACUUCAUGCUACAGUGAUGAAGGAACUUGAGAUUGCUGAGCUUCUGGAGAAUUUACGACAGUCUAAGUUUCGACGAAGAAGGCUCUUCUGUUAAGUGGUUGAGAUACUGUGAAUGAGCUACAUGUGCAUAUUGGAGUUACCCGUGAUGACAAUGCAGAAAAGUAUGUAAUUCUGGAGGAGUCACGCAGAAAAGUAUGCUAUUCUGGAGGCGUCAUUAUUAGUAGUCCAUACACGACCACUGCCACUUGGCACACCUUUUUUUCUUUCUUCUUUCUUCAACUUGUUUUCGUUUUCUCUUACAGGAAGUACUUAACAGAAAUUACAGUUACAACUGUUGCGGGUCUUUACCCCGCACAGAUUUGAGAUAAUGUAGAGAAGGAAAAGUUAAUGCAAUGUUAUUGCAGUCCGGCAUC